UUAAUGGAUUUUUAUCGCUGACCACAUCUAUCGGCAGAGGUGGUGAGUAGAUUAUUUCAGAAUCAUAUUUAUAUUCAGGACGUGAUCUUACAAACUCAAUAGAUUAAAAACUCAAAAAAGUUAACUGCCACUUUAAAUGAGAUAAGCAAAGUUUUUUUAAUUUAAAUUUUAUGGCCACGCCUAGUAUCAGAAGAUCAGUGUGCUGUAAGAUCUGUGGACCACGCCUAUUGGCAAGGUUUCAUUAGAAUGAGACAGACAAGCCUCUUCAAUGGUGACACAAGCAGAUUACGUUCCAUUUUACGCAAAGCAGAAGUUGAACACAGACUGCUUAGUAGUCGGUUCCAAGUUAUAAAACAUUAUAUAUAUUUCCAUCCUCGUCCCACCAGUAGUUUUAAGUGUUUUGGUCUCUUCUCAAGCGAUUGUUUUUCGUUGCAAGUAGUUGUAACUGACAAGCUUACAACAGACACAACUUUUGUUAGUCAAUGGGCGUUGAUCUGUAAAUCAGUUGAUACUUGAUACUAUUGUGAGUUUAGUACUUGGUAGUUUGUAGUUCGUGAAUGUGCAGAGUCAAAAUAAAUUAAACGUUACUUUUUUUAAACAGUUACGUGUGCUAACAGUGUAUUCAGUGAUAUAAACGAAAAGUUUUUUCAAAACACGUAACAUCACCUUCUCUGAAAUCGUGAUUACAGAAAGUAGAACAAUGAAGAAUAGAAGUUUGGCCGGUAACUGUGGCAUUGGCGUGUUUGUCAUUGCCCUUGUUACUGUGGCAUUGGCAUUCGGUACGCCUAGCUGGUUGGUCAGCGACUCCAGAAUAAGAGGCGCCAAAUUAGACAGGUUGGGGCUGUGGAGUCACUGCUUCAGGUCUUUACCAGACCCACUCGACCAAUAUCAGAGAAGAUUCUUUGUGGGUUGUCGCUGGGUAUACGAUCCUUUCACCACGGGCUAUGAUAAAAUACGUGGAUAUUUACUACCAGGUUUUAUGAUCGCCACGCAGUUUUUCUUCACGCUGUGCUUGCUAGGAGUUUUGAUCUCUACAAUAUUAGUGUUAAUGUUUUUCCUUUGCUGUGGACCCGAUCAACGCCGAUUUGUCACUUUGAUUAAAAGUAUCGGAUAUAUUAUGUUAACAGCGGGUAUAUGCGGUGUGAUUGCGGUAAUAGUUUUUGCUUCGUUGGGAAAUACAGAUGGUUGGAUGCCGGAUCACCCAAACAAUUACUUAGGCUGGUCCUUCGGUUUAGGUGUUGUGGGUUCCAUAGCGUGCCUAGUCACCGCUGCCCUCUUCUUGACGGAAACCAACAUCCAGAAAAAGAAACGCGACAAAAUAAAGGAAUCUCAAGCACGGUUCGAAUUAGAAUACGAAACAAAAGCAUAACAAUAAACUCUAAUUACAAUAAUUACAUUUAAAUCAAUAUAAGUUUUAAGAUCUGACGAUAUUUCCCAUCAAUCAGUGAUUAUUUAGGUAUUUACACCUGUCUAGACUGAUUGUUGAAUCUUUUGAUAGCCAUUUUACUUACUUUGAAUGUAUGUAUUAGUUUUUAAUAUUUUUUUCUACUGAAGCUGUUUUAGCCCAGUGUGUCCAAUGAAAAGCAAUUUUAACUGAAUUUAUUUUUUGCAGCUAAUUUAAGUAUAUGACGUAGUUUAAGCACCAUUAGUGCCUAAUUGUAUUAGAUCGAAGUUUUAAAUACAUAAGAUAAAGGGUUGGCGAGCCACACAAAGCUUACAAAGAAAAAAAGGUUCUUUUAAGUUUUAUUAGUACCUAUCUUGUUAUUUAACAGGUCUUAUGAACUACCUCAAGUUCAUGCCACUGAAUGUUUUAACUUUACACAGAUUCAUAUAGUUAUAAAUAUUACUGUUAUGAUAUUUGUUCAUAAAUAAAACUAUCUUGACUAGUUACACAGUAUUAAGUACUUGUAAAAAGCCUUUUUAAACGUCUAAUUAUGUAAAAUCACGUUUAUCUAAACUUAUGAUAAUCACAACUGAAUAUUUAAUUAUUUAUAUUCGUUUAUAGACAAGUUAAUGUCAAUUUCAACAGUGUACCUUACUUUAUUCCGUCCAGUUUACAUUCUUUAUAAUUUAUUUUUAAGCCUUAGAAUCUAAGUAUAAAAUUAUGAUUAGGUUUUAUGCAUUUUUUAUAUGUAUCAUUUUAAACUGCCUUAUAACAAU